UCUAUGGUAGCAUGCAUCCAGGGAGCAGAGUACGACAGCCAUGACUCACGAGGGGGAGGGGCUUGUAGAUGAAUGGCCAUGAAUAUUCGAUUCAUGUACUCCUGCUUUCAUCAUGGUGCAAACAAAUCACUGAAAGAGAAUGAAGAGAGUGUUGGUGUACACUGAUGGUGGAGAGGGGGCUUCCCCUAACUGUGUAGCCAUGGUAAUGGACAGUCUAGACAAAGCACUCCCGUCUCUUGGUCACACUUACAGUGUGCAGACCACCACCAGUGAGGAGAUUAUCACUGGUGACUGGAUGAAUGAUAGUAGACUGCUUGUCAUGCCAGGUGGUAAGGACUUGCCGUACGUCAAGGAAUUAGAAGGGCAAGGAAACGAUAAUAUUCGACAAUUUGUAUCAGCUGGUGGAGCUUAUCUGGGACUGUGUGCAGGUGGUUACUAUGGUUGUGCAUAUGUGGAGUUUGCUGUGGGAGACCCAAGCAUGGAAGUGGUGGGACCGAGAGAGCUUAAGUUCUUCCCAGGCAUUGGAAGAGGACCUCACUUCCCUGGCUUUGACUACAAGAGCAAUGCCGGAGCUAGAGCAGUCCCCAUAGCAAUGGAACACACAGCCGACUCAAGUCUCUCAGUAUUUUAUAAUGGAGGGGGGACGUUUGUACCAUUCGAAAUGGAAAAGGGAGGCUAUGAAGUGCUGGCAGGAUAUGAGAACUCAGAGCCAUGUAUUGUACAGUGUAACUGUGGAGAGGGGAAGGUUGUACUGAGUGGAGUGCACUUUGAGGCCAGUGCAAAGAUGCUCAAAUCCUGUUACCCUGGAGACAGAUACAUCGCUAAGUUACUGCCAGAAAUUGAGAAGUUUGAGAAACAGAGACAAACUUUAUUUAGCAAUAUCAUCAAACUGCUUGUAACGUAGGCAUACAUUGUUAAAUUAAUUUAGGGAUUAUUCAGAACAUGAUUAUCAUCAACAAAAUAUUAUAUAUAUAAUUCAAUACAUGCACCGCACAAGUGUUUACACAAAUUGUGCAAGUAAUUGCUGUUAUUGUCUG